AUGGAGUCAGGGUUCAUAUCGCACUCUACUCCAGGCUGUGUUGGGCAACCAGGCGCUGCAAUCUACAUGUCGUCUCAAAGGUCCAGCUCUGAAGCCAACAUCUCCGUGGCGCACUCGACCUUCGAGGGCACCCAUGGGAUCAGCCUCUACGGCUACUCCAUGCUUGACUUUCAGCUCUCAAGCUGCAGCUUUCGGAGCCCAAGAGCCUUGCGGCUUCAGCUCUCUUCCGAAGCCAGGGCGAAAGUCCAGGGCUGCAGCUUUGGCCCGGCAGGGGCGGAUGGGGCGGAUGGCUUGCUUUACAUCUACAAUCCCACCUCAACUGUAGAGCUGGAUCAAUGUCUCUUUCAAGGAGUAAAGGAUGCCCCUUAUGUGGUGCGGGCAUGGGGCCCGGUGUCCAUGACCAAGAACACGCUGCGCAACUGCUCCGGAGAUCUGGGUAUCGAUCUGAGAGGCUACGAUUCCGUACUGAGAGGCAACGUCAUUGUGAGCAACAGCUUCGAGAGCGCGUUGGCCCUCCGCUACAACGCAACGCUGCUGAACAACACCCUGGACAACCCUGACAGUAACUUCGAGCUGGAGGCUCCUCUUGGAGAUGCAAGGAAGAGCCUUGAUGCUCGCUUGACAACAUGGGGCGAUGCCGGCCCAAGGAUAAAGGAUUUUGCAAAGAGGAUGGACCGCUGGAGAGUGGUCCUCGCCGAUCGCUUUAUGCAGCCUUUGCCGGCCUUCGAAGCCAACACUGUUGUAGAUCUUGAGAGCUCUAUCUACAUAGGACCUGGCGAGACACUGGAGCUGCCUAGAAACUUGACCCUUCGCAUUCAUGCCGAGCGCGGCAUUCAUGCUGACGGCUCUCUUCGAGUUUCGCAAGAAGGCACUUUGCCAGUCAGCCUCAUCGCUGCUGAUCCCACUCGACCAUGGCAGCAGGUCUUGCUCUCUGGAAUGCAGAACUUCUCCCUCGGCAACAUGGUGAUCAGCGACGCCGGCAGCAAUGGGAAGCCGAGUUUGGAGUGCCAAGCACCCUGUGGCCUCUUUGAGCUCCUUCACGUUGAGGUGCUGAAUGCCAAGGCACACGCUGCAGUUGAACUGAAAGACCUUCAGGUUUCACUGACAGUGUCGAACGCCAGGUUUCAAGAUUGUCCCCUGGCAGCUUUGACGAUCCAGGGCUCCGGUUCUUCUGAGAAAAUUCAGGAAGUUCAGAUUAUGAGCUCGGUCUUCACGAACCAGUACGGCCUCUCUUCCGCUGUCUCAGUGUCCAGCGUCCAUGGCCGAGUGACGUUUGCAAAUAACACAGUCAGCGGGUUUGGUAACGGCUUCGUUGCUUACUUGGAGGAUGGCCCUUUGGAGCUGCAAGGCAACAUCUUCAGCCAUUGCUCCCAUGACGGUGUCAUCGUCCAUCGUAGUGCAAGCUAUUCAGACGAGGCAGCGGACUACGCGAUCAAUAACAAUGUAUUUCGAGGAGGGGAGAUACAGCUUCGAGUGGCAGCAAACUCUCCGUGGAGUCCCCUUGCCAAUGUUGCCAUCCGAGACAACGAAUUCCUCGAGCAGGAUGCCAACUUCAAUUCCGUGCAGCUGGACCUCAAAUCCAAUCGUGUCGAGUUUUGCGGCAACCGGAUUCUCAACCCACGCUGCAAGAGAUCUUUGCUCCUCAAGUGCCGACUAGCUGCAGCUACCGCUGUCCUCUUCAACAAUACCUUCAAUCAUGCUGCAUCCGAGGCGGUGGUUUCCUUGGACGCCUGCAGCAACGUGAGCAUGAGAGACAACGCGGUUCUCGAUGACUCCCCGGCGGACAGUCCUGUGCUGAGAGUGCUCUCUGUAACCACCGGCAGUAUCAAUGCAGCCGGCAACUAUUGGGGUGCGGACGUCACGGAGUCGGAAGAUGGGACAGGGCUUGCCAUUGAGUCCGCCAUUGACGACACCAGUGGGAUUACAGUCUAUGAGCCAUGGCUCACAGUUCCUUAUGAUGCUGGCAGCUUGCAGCACAUCACCCGCCAGAGGUCGCAGAUCCAAACCGAAGUCCGCGAAGGGGUGCUGACCAUCAUUUACGCAGUCAUUGAGGCUGGCGAUGAGUUGCUGACCGCAGGAGAUUAUGUUGUGGGUGCCCCAGUCGUAGUUCGAGGCGGUGCGAGGCUUCUACUUCAGGCUGGUGUCAACCUCACCUUUGCCCCCGGCAUCUCCGUUUUGGUGGAGUCCAACUCAGCAUUGCUUGCGCUCGGUACGCAGGAGAUGCACGUCAUUCUGGAUGGGCACGCCAGCUUAGAGUUUGCGCCCGAUGCGCUUGUUGCAGAGCUGGUGCUUGUAAAUGAAAGUUUGGCUCUUAAAAGCCAGAAUGAUUCGAGCAACAGUACCAUUGAAGAAGGUGGUUCCGUAUUCAUUCAUACCGACAUCGUGAAUGGGAAGGGGGACGGUGUACGGGCAAGCCUGGCUGUGCCACCCAUGAUUGGCUGUAGUGUUCGCAACAAUGCCGGACGAGGGAUUGCCUUCACCGAUGCCAGUUCACCCAUACUCAUUCAGGACACGACCUUUUCCGGGAAUGCGUGGACAGCAGUGUACCUCCAUUCUUACAAAUCCCAUGCGCGUAUUGUCAGCAACUCAUUUUCAGGAGAGGGGUAUUGGUUGGCUGAUUUAUCGCCGGGCUAUGGUCAGGGAGCUGCGCACGCUGCAUCGUGCAAGGUCGAGGGCAACUCGUUCACAGACGGUGGGCUGUACUUCGACGGGAACUUGGUUCAAUACGGGUCAGGUGCUCAGAUUAUCAGUCUUACUCGAAACAUCUUCUCCGGAGUUUCGCAUGUUUCCGGCAUGCACCUGCAAGUUUCGCAACGCGGAGCAAGUCUCGCCACACCGUCUUGGCUCAUUCUUGGGAAUCAGUUCCUCCAUUGGCGGGGAGAUGAGCCCUGUGUCGGCAUAGAGGUAGCCUAUAGCGGUGCAAGCUUGCUGCUGCAAGGCAACGAAUUCAGGGGAGUCGUCGUCUCAUCGCCACUGUCGGAGUCCAGUUCUCUGCUUGAACUACGUGCCGCGUCGUCGCAGAACGUUCAGUGGAACGUGGAGGGCAACUUGUUUGACAACAACUCGGCUCGUUAUGGGUUGAACUUUCAGUCGUUUGCAGACGGGGUGCGGAUGCACAACAAUAUCUUCACAUCACCAGAGCUUGCCUACGAUAUUGGUCUUCCAAUAGUUGGGAGCUGUGCGGAAGAUCGGGAGGAGGAGGUGGCAGAGUUCGACUUGAGAGAAAGUUCUGGUCUCCUUUGGCGUCGCAUCGCCGAUUUCAUGGUUGAUUGCCGGAGGCCCCUGGCGAUAUUGGGGAAUCAGCAGUUCGACGGUAUAGUCCAGGAAGUCAACGAGACUCAUGGCCUUCUCUAUGGCGUUCUCAACUCCUUCCAGGUGCUUCCCGCGGGCAUUGUGUGGGAAACCUACAACCUCAUCAUCAGGCAAUCUGCGACUCUCGUGAUUCCUCCCGGAAGUGUGCUUCUUCUUGCUGCAUCGUAUUCCCAAAUCUGGAUCGAAGGCACCUUGCAGUGCCGCGGUCUUGAGGAAUCUCGCAUCCAGAUUCUCUGCCAGAAAUGCCAAGAUCCAGCGGCUACGAUUCAGCGGGCAGAUCGCUGGAAGAGUUUGAUGUUCACAAGCAGCGCCGUACCUGGCAGAUUCGACCGGGGAACGCUGGAAUUCGAUGCCAGAUUUGGUGGAUGUAUCAUGGAGUACGUUGAUAUCGCAGGUGCCCAGCAGGCGAUACAAGUAUAUGGGAGAAGCCCAGUGUUCCGCUUCGUCCGCAUCAGAGAUAGCGAAGCCGGUUUGGAACUCAACGCCGUGCAAGAAGAUCUUCUUCUACAGAAAUGUGAAGUCUUCGGCACAUCGCAGGGCACGGCCAUCAGCAUCUCGCCGGCUGCCGAUGUGGCCAGCGGCUGGCUGGCGCUUCUUCUGGAUUGCCAUGUUCAAGAUGUUUAUAGAGGCUUAAACCUCUUCUCCGAUUACCCACAACCAGAGAACACCAGCACGGCAGUGGUGGUGGAUUCCAUGACGUUCCUGGAAGUGGGCUAUGGACUUUACAUGCAAAACUUUGUGCGAGGUUUGGAGGUUGCAGUGAAGAAGUGCAAUUUCUCCGGCGCCACUCAAGCUGGGGUCUACAUCUCUGGCGGCGUCGUGCCGUCAAGGGGUCCAGGCGAUGCCGCAGCGGUGCGUGUUCUGAGCAGUGUCUUUGUUCGAUCCGGCCUCCGUUUCCAUCAGAGCUGGCAGUCCAACUACAUCCUGAACAGUCAAUACCGAGUGGAGAUCGCAGGGUGUGUCUUUGAGGCAGGGGAGAACCAUGCCGUAGAAAUCUUGGGCUCGCCAUACGGUGCGUCCAGCCUUGGGGAGGAAAGCAUCCACAUCACGCAGAACACGUUCAGGCACAUGCGCCGGGAGCUGACUUGGGAGAACCAACCGGUGAUUCUCAUGCUUUCUGGUAGCUCUUCUGGACAAAAUGGAUACAGCUAUGGCAGGACAAGCUUCACAAACAACGUGGUGGAGGGUUGCGAGGCGCCGCGGAUAAUGGACGUCAUCUGUCAUCCUGCUGAUGACCCACAGGGCGAAGGCCGACUGAGAUUCAACCUUCGGAUGACGGGGAACAAGUUCGAUGGCAACUACGCGACAGAGCCCACGGCUGGAGCUGUGCUGCGCUUCUCGCAAUGUUCCUCCAGUUCCGUUUUCACACGCAACAGGAUGGUAAAUCCCAUGUCGAGGCAUGAGAUUGAGGUGGUGGAUGAGGCCAUGCUGAACGCCAGUCAUGUCUGGUGGGGCACUGUGGAUAGGGAGGCGGCCCUGCAGCGUGUGUUGCCUGCAGAGCUCGUAGUUAUUGAUCCCAUUCUCAGGGAGCCCGGCUUUAGUUGCGAAGCCGUAUCCAACUGCUCCGGCAACGGGAUCUGCUCUCAACCUGACACUUGCUUGUGCAACUCCGGAUGGACUGGCGAAAGCUGCCAAGAUGUUGACUGCCCUGAUGUCCUGCAGUGCAGCGGACGAGGCGAUUGUGUGGCACCGAACGCUUGUAAUUGCUCCAGCGGUUGGCUCCCUCCUUUCUGCGCUCGCGCAAGCUGUGAUUCACUUUCAAAUUGCGGAGGCUACGGCCGAGGUGUGUGCGUGCAACCAGACACAUGCAGCUGUCGUCUUGGCUACGCCGGAGAAGAUUGUUUAUCAUGUGACCAUGCAUCAGGCUUCUACGGGACAGGAGGCUUUACUGGAACUUGCUUGCAGUGCCCUCUUUGUCGGAACGGAGGCACAUGCCAUCCGAUCUGGGGCAGUUGCUCGUGCCCAUCGAACUAUGCGGGGAAGCUCUGCGAGCUUUGUGCGGAGGGCCGUUUCGGGGAAUCUUGCGAGGUGCUGCCAGCAGUGAGAGACGUGGCACCAGCAAAAGGCCCGGAUCUGGGCGGCUUUGUUGUGACUGUUCGUGGCUACAACUUCCCGGAAUCUCCGGAUGGCAGGAUUCAGUGCCGCUUUGGGAAUCCUUCAAGCUAUGCAGUGGCCGUGAACGCGACCUGGGUCAGCAACUACACUUUGCAUUGCGAGGUUCCUCGCUUUGAAUCUCCGGAAGGCCCAUCUGCGACAGCUCUUGUGGUGACCGUGGCUGGCGAGCCUGUUGUGCACGGACCGCAGCUCAUCUUUGAAUACACUACUAGCUGCACCGAAGAUGCCUGCGGUGGCAGUGAAGGACGAGGCAUUUGCAUCACUCGCAUUUGCAGCUGCCUGUUGCCCUGGUCGGGGGCUAAUUGCUCGCAACAGCUCGUCCAGCCCAGCAUCGACACACUACUGCCCAUGAGCAUUGAGGAGGGCGCCUCAUUCUCAAUGAUGCUCUCGGCCCAGGGCACCGGCCCCAUUUCCUGGCUGCUGGUGGAGGGGCCUCCCGGCAUCAGCCUCGACCUUUCCGGAGAACUCAUCUGGCCCAAAGCUGUAGUGCCUACUGCCAUGGAGGCUCAGAAUUCCUUCGCCUGGCGAGUGGAGGUGCAGGCGGUGAACCAGCUUGGCGAGGACACUGCCGUUUUCCUUUUAGAGGUACGCCCGAGCUACUCCGCGGCAGUUGCUGUCGAUCUUGAUGGAUCUCCCAACCUCGAUGCGGAGGCCACCAUGUUGGACGGAGGCUGGCCAGUGCUUCUAAGGGGCCAGGUGUUGCAGGAGGCUUUCCACUUGAGCUUCUUCGAGGUGACUGUUUGGAUCGAGGUCGCGAACGUGCAGGGCGAGCGGGUCAGGAGAACACAGACCGCCAUGGCGUCAGUGUUUUCGGGGGGGAAGUUCCAAGUCUAUUUCACCCCGCCGCUCUUUGAGGGAGGCAACUAUGCCAUCGGUGCAAUGCAUCCGGCUCUUACAGAGAUGGACGAGCCGGGCUACAAGGCGCAAGCCAACUUCUCCGUUGCCGUUUUGACUACAUCCCGGCAGGGUGUUUUCCUCGAGGCAGGGGAGCCGGCGAGCUGGGAGUUUGACUUGCCAGAGCUGCUCCUCAUUGGCGAUUCUGUCCAUGCUUCCGUGGAGGCGGUGUUCAUGCUGGACAACCGUGGGGAUACCUUGGUAUCCAACCUCACCGUCCAGGCAGUUGAUUGGCAAAGCAGUACUUCGCAAGGGAUCGGCUUGCCAUGGCAGCUUGCACUUCACGUUUCUGCAGAAGCAGAGCUCCCAGCUCGAUCUUCCCUGCCUGUCAACAUGACAUACCAGGCAAGAGGCGCUUUCGAUGGGCUCGUCGGCCUCCGUUUCAGCAGCAAUGAAGGCUUGAUCUGGGAUGUCGUCCUGCGCUUCAGCAUCAAAGAGACCCAGCCAGACUUGCAGGCUUUUCCAGUCUCUGUGCGGGUUCAGGCCCGGCGGGGGGUGGUAACUGUUGGGACCCCGAUCGCGAUUAGCAACGUCGGCUCCGCACCAGCCACGCACUUGGUGGUAGAAUUGCCGGAAGACCCACUUCUUGUCGUCGUGGCGGCGGUUGACUCGUACAUCCCUGCCGGAGCUUCGUCCCAGCUGCUGUUGGCAUGGGCCCCUCCUGGUGCUGAGGCACUGCUCACACAUUCUGGCAGCUUGGUGGUAAGGUCUCUCAAUGAUUCAAGCGUUGCUGUUAGCAUUGCCUAUGAAGCCGUGAUUGUCUCCACGAGCGUCACUAACGUCAGCGUCUACGUGCAAGAUGAAUAUUCCUUUUUUGACGUUGAUGGCGGCUAUCCCAAUGUCACAGGGGCCCAAUGUGACAUGUUUCUACCGCGACUGCAGCUAACGCUGCGAAGCACGACCGAUGCAAGUGGCCUGGCCCUCUUCAGCGAUGUCCAAGACGACCAUUGGUCACUACGCUGCCAGGCUUCGAAGCACACGCCAGCCUCUGAGAUCUUGGUGGUCUCUGGUGGUGAGCUGACGCAUAGUGUGUUUUUGUCGCGAAACGCCGUCUCCUACGUAUGGACCGUCUAUCCAACCGAAGUCCAGGACGUCUACACGUUCACCCAUGAAGCUACCUUUGAGACGCAUGUGCCUAUGCCAGUCGUCACUGUGGAUCCAUCAGUAUGGCCGGUCGACUUGAUCCUUGUGGGAGGGCUCCCACAUGUGGAGGUCAGCAUUACGAACCACGGACUCAUUGCGACUGAAACCUUCGACGUUUUCUGGCCCGACAUACCUGGUGUCAACUUCAUCUUUCCGGCAGGGCCACCUCCAGGCAUACUCCGAGCUAAUACCACAGUAACGCUGCCGGUGGACAUCCAUGUCUUGGCAGGCAACGCAAGCAAUCGGAGGCUUGGAUCCUCCAGUUGCUUCCCGGCGGCCUUUGGUUUCAGCGUCUUGUGUGGAGGAGCGUCUCGCACGUCAGGCGGGCCAAUCCACUUCACCAGCAGUGGACCUUGUGCUUCAAACAGUCCAGGAAGCACAAGGUCUGGUCGCGGUUGGUUGCCUCCUGUUCGCAGGGGCCCUGGUGGGAGGAGCGGCGGAGGUCCGGUUUCAGGAUCUAGGGGCUCGUCUUCGGCACAGUCAGGAGGGGGCUGCGACCCGUGCGACAAGGAAAUCUUCAAAUGUAUUGCCAGCGUUGGAUCAAGACCUCUAAAGGUAAUCAGAGCCGCUAUUUGCGUAAACGAUGCCCUGGCCACGAUCGAUGCGAGCUGCCAGUCAUGCACUGCGCACAAAGUACUCGGCUGCCUCAAGAGGGCAAGUCUUGCCACAGCGAUUUUGCAGUGUGUCGUUGGCGUCGCCAACUCCUGCUUCGGUGGACAAAGAGGUGGAUCGGGGGGGAAUUUAGGCAGUCCGGGUGCUUCGGAAACUUCACGGAGGUUGGUGGCCAGUGCCAUGCACCGUUUCGGCGGUCACCUGGCGCUAGAGUCACUGGAGAGGCGUUUGCAGUCAGGGUCUGUGCUGGCCGCUAUGGAGGCUCUGUCUUAUUGGGAGGAGGCUUUCUCAGCUCUUUCAAACGUUCAGCUGGAAGUGGGGACGGAGGCCGUCGUGGAGUCAGCAGUUGAUGAUGAUUGGUUGCUCCAACUUCAGCUCUCCAUGCGUGACACUUCCGCCUCCGGAGCUUUCCUGAGCCAUGCGGAGGCCCAGGAUCUCCGGGCGAGGGCUCCAAAAAGCGGAUCUUCCCUAGAGUACCUGCUGCAGCGAUGGAACAACACCGCAUAUGCCAACAGCUUGGGGUUUCUGUCUCGGGCAGAUGCAGUGGCGAACGGUCUGCCGGAGAACAUGAUCGACCUUUUCCUCAUGAAUGACAACUUAACUCUGUACCAGGAGCGGGCAAAAGACGCAAAACUCCAAGGCUACGCAUCAGUUGCUGAAGCAGCCGAUGUGGCAGGCAGAGCGCUGCGCGACGCCUUGCAGAAGAAGAGCGAGGGUAUCUGCGCGAAAGUCCGCAUCCGGUUUCUACAAGAGCUAGUGCUUACAAGGCAGGCUUUCGAGGGGCUGCUGGAGAUUGGGAACGAUGGUGGCUCCCCCAUGGAAGAGAUAGUCCUGACGAUUUAUAUCGAAGACGAAGAGAAGCGAGGAAUGGAGGAGAAGUUUGCAAUUGGUGAGCCCACUGCAGGGGGAGAGAUGCUCCUUCAGACUCCCGGAAAUGCAUCCUACUACAGUUCCAGCGCAGUGCAGACCAUGGGUCUGCUGCCUGCUCAAGCACAGGGCACACUUAGCAUACUUAUUAUCCCCCGCAGGGAGGCGGCACCCAGGGAGACGAGGUACUAUUUGGUUGGAGGAACCUUGCACUACACAAUAGAUGGUCUUCGCUUGUCUUCGCCUCUCUAUCCUGACAGCAUCACGGUGCAACCCGAUCCGGUGCUCACGGUGCGUUAUUUCCACCAGCGGUACGUGCAGGCCGACGACCCUCUGACGGAAGGUGUUGAGCCGGCCGUUCCGUUUCUGGUCGCCACCACGAUUGCCAACACAGGCUACGGUGUUGCGCAGUCCAUGCGUCUCACUUCAGCACAGCCGGAGAUUGUGGACAAUGAAAAGGGCCUCUUGGUCACCUUCGAGAUAGUCGAAACACGUGUCAAUGGCGCACAGUCUCCACGUGCCCUCACUGCUGAUGUUGGGGACCUUCUCCCGAACAACACCACGGUCAUCGAGUGGCUAGUGCUUGCAAGUCUGAAAGGUGAGUUCAUUUCUUUGAACACCACCUUCGAAAACAAGAACCCACUGGGACUCCCCGAACUCUCGCUGGUGGAAGCAGUUCACAGCCACGACCUGGUCCGCAGCGUGCGCUUAUCGGAUGCAGCGGGAUCCUGGAAUGGCGUGUUGGGCUUCUUCGUGAAUGAGAUCCCAGACAGCAAGUCUUUGCCGGACACGGUUUACAGCAGCGUGGAUUGUGGCCCCGAAGACGGAGUUCGUGUGCAGCAGUUUGCCGGGCGCGGCCUUUUCAUAUCCGACGUCUCCGCCGAUCGCCUUAACGUUACCGUCAACACGACUGCCCAAGAGAGGCUCAACACGACCUUCGUGUACUUGAACUUUGCACGGCCGCCUGAGAUCUCAGAAGAUAGCUCUUUGCUAGCAGCCUGCUGUGCGGGUGAGGCCCUCCACCCUGACAAUGUUUGGGAGCACCAUGAUGACGAUGAAGUGCGAAUCCACAUUUUGGAUGAGGAGCCUCACUGUGACGAGUACACGAUUCUUUUUGGUUUGCUUGAGCAAGCUGGCAGUUUGACGGCGUGCGGUGCUGCCAGCAGCAGCAGCAGCAGCAGCAGCAGCAGCAGCAGCAGCAGCACUAGCGUCAGCACGACCAGCUCGAGCUUACCAUCGGCGCUGUCAAGCACACGGACCAGCGCAACAACGUCCCCAACAUCCACAACGCGCACGAGCCACAGGACGACAAGAAGCACCAGCACUUCAACACCAUCGCAUGCGACGACAUCAUCUUCAGCUACCACCACUACCACCAUGGCGGCUACGUGGACACGUUCAAGCACCAGCAGUUCAAACACUGGUUCCUCCACGCUGACAUCGUCACAGACCACCGCAACCGUGACUUCUACGUGGACGCGUUCAAGCACCAGCAGCUCCAACACGGGUUCAUCAACGGUGACAUCGUCACAGACCACCGCAACCGGGACUGCCACGUGGACUCGUUCAAGCACCAGCAGCUCCAACACGGGUUCCUCCACGAUGACAUCGUCACAGACCACCGCAACCGUGACUGCUACGUGGACGCGUUCAAGCACCAGCAGCUCCAACACGGGUUCCUCAACGGUGACAUCGUCACAGACCACCGCAACCGGGACUGCCACGUGGACUCGUUCAAGCACCAGCAGCUCCAACACGGGUUCCUCAACGAUGACAUCCUCGCAGACCACCGCAACCGUGACUGCUACGUGGACGCGUUCAAGCAGCAGCAGCUCCAACACGGGCUCCUCAACGAUGACAUCGUCACAGACCACCGCAACCGUGACUUCUACGUGGACGCGUUCAACCACCAGCAGCUCCAACACGGGUUCCGCAACGAUGACAUCGUCACAGACCACCGCCACCGUCACGGCCACGUGGACGCGCUUAAGCACAAGCAGCUCGAGCACGGGCACCUCAACACGGACAUCUUCGGAGGCCGACGUGAUGACUUUGGGUGGGCCCAACCUCGCUAGGUACAAACCGGUUCUGGCUUCCUCCUCCCGGUCCGCCACGGAGUACGCUGCCAAGGCUGUCGAUGGCGAUCAGGAAUCGCAGUGGGCCUCCGCGCUCUUGAGCUCGCAGUGGCUGUGGGUGGACCUGCUGGGAGUGUACGACUUGGAGGGCGUGGCCAUCUCCUGGGGCGAGCUGAGCCCGGCGAUACUUCAAAGCAGCCACAAUGCCCACGACUGGACGGAUGUUGCCUCUGUGUCAGCUGCAGCCCGGACAGUCACGUUCUUCGACCCGCCAGUUGGAGCGAAGUGGCUUCGAGUGACCUGCCAGGUGAGCUGCAGCAUCCGCGAGCUGAAUGUUCACGGUCACGUGCAGCAGGUGAACCUGGCUCUGUGGCGGCCGGUUCUGGCGUCCUCCCAGUCCGGCUUCGAGCACGUCUCGCGAAUGGUCGACGGCGUCGAAGAGACUCAGUGGGUCUCGGGUUUCGAGCCACAGCCCUGGGCGUGGGUUGACUUGCUUGGCCCCUACGCCAUUUCGGAUGUUGAGGUGCACUGGGGUGAUUACUUUGCGCAGUACGAGCUGCAGACGAGCUUUAACGGCAUCGACUGGGCCAGCGCAGCAACGGAUGUGGGCGGCCAAGGUCAGAUUGUGCGAACCAGGCUGCCGCCCGGGACACACGCGCAGUGGCUGCGCAUCCUCUGCUUCUCAAGGUGCAGCAUUCGAGAGCUUGCCAUUUUUGAGGCAGAGCAGUCGAGGCUCUUGGCCAUGGUCCCGAGGAGUACGCAGAACCUGGCGAACGCCAUGGCCCAGCAGACGGAGGCUGCCGCUGGUUCCAGCAAGGUGCAGUUCCUUCGGGCUGGCGCCGUGGGGGCGCGCCUUCCGCACCGCAAGGACAGCAAUCCAGCUCCGCCAUCCGGGCUUGAAAGCACGGCCCUGAUCGCGAGGACAGCUCUCUUCGUGGUGUCCCUUGGAGUGUGUGCCGGGUGCAUCGCUUUCAGGCCAUGUUACAGAAAGGACCGCAGUGAGAUCGCGGUUCGCAAAUCUGCUCGCCAUGAGGUCUCGUCAGUUCUCCUGGCACGCACCACGACGUGCUGGAAGAAGCCUGAAGAGGUUCAAGCAUUGGGAAUUGAAUGA